AUGCCUUAUUUAAAGGAGGUAUCUUACCUAAGUGUGCUGGAGGUGAACAGCUCUGUGUUUGUGAAAGGCGUCAAUCUGCCUGGUCUAGUCCCCCCGUGUCUGGCGAGCCCCAGACUGAUGGCCUUGGUGGCAUGGAGACGAUCCCGAAGGUUUCCCGAGGAAGCCCGGGCCGAACUCAACUCGACUUUUGGAGAGAAGAAAAAGAGCGUCCCAGGCCCGACGACGGGCGCCAUUAUCGGCGCGAUCCUCGGCGCCCUGGUCCUCAUCGGAAUCAUCAUCGCCAUCGUGGUCUUCAUCCGCAAGCGACAGGAGGACGGGGAGGGCCCUCCCAAGCACAAGCCGCCUCCCCCGGUGAAGGCCGGCAGCUCCACAGAGAUGCUGAACAAGCCAUCAGAGCCUCCCACGGCCACAGAGACGGCACCUCUCAGUGCUGGAGAGGUUUACUAUGAAACCACAGGGGGAGAACCUGUCACGAACCUGGACGACGACGCCAACAACCCGGGCGGCGGAGCCCUGAACGGCGGCGCCCCCCCGGUCCUCGACGACAACGUCAACGAGUACAAGGACCACGCUGCCGACGGUCACCGCGGAAACGACUUGGAGCCGUCCAGUCACGAGCCGCCAGCUGCCAACAUCUCCCGCGGCGAGAGCUUCGUAUCUGCCGCCAUGUAUGUGUAGCCAUGGCAACUGGCCGGGGAGCAUGACAGGCAUUACGGGCGAGUUCCAGGUCACCUAAAUCUGCAGGCAAAGCAGAGCGAGCGCCCGACCUGCCGCAAUGCCAACCGCCUCCAAUGUCCAUUAGCAUUUUUUUUUUUAAAACUUCAAACACUGCAUACCUUGACAUUUUUAAUUUUAUUCAUUUUACUUUUCUUUACCAGGCACUGUAGUUCACAUUUGUUCAUACACACACAUUGUUGUCCUUUCUCGGUGAAGCCAACGGGAACUUGAGAGCAGCAUGUCCCCUCGGUUUGGAUGAGACAGGCUAACGAGCUGUUCCUUUUUGUUUUCGUUUUUUUUUUAUUAUUAUUAUUAUUCCAAACUGAGGUGCUCAUUCAGACUCCAGUUCAUUAUAACGUCCCAAACUCCUGGUAAAGAAAACUAAAACUAAAAUGCAAAAUGCCAAAGUAAUGUCUCGGUGAAGUGUGAGAUGUCCGCACGCCGUCCGACGAGUCAGACGUGCGCUGCGUAUGAUGAGGUCGGCGUUUACAGCAUGAAAUCCAGCCGUGUCAGAGUUAAGCCAUCUUGCAGUGUAGGUGAACUGGAACAUUCCCCUCAGCUGAUGAACACACAGUGCUUUGCCUGGGCUCUAGUGUGACGCUAGCAAAUCUAAACACACUCGCAAAAAAACAAAACAAAAAAAAACAAAACAGCUUUUUCUCUAAAUAUUAUAUGCAACAUGGUAUCUUGUGCAAUGACCAUACACUCCCACCACAAAACACAAAAAAAACUCCCAUAUUGUUUCAUGUGUUCACUUAAUUUGGGCCUGGCCGUGCUGGGCUGCUCCGUUCACAGCCGCGGCGCUACAGCAGUGAUUUAAAUUCUUUCCCUUUCUAAGCCGAUGGAUAAAACAUCAGGCUCCUGCUGCAGUCUCAUACUAGAGGCAAGUCAAAAUACUGUCUUUGAAAUCCUUUCAAAGUACUCCUCUGCGGUUGGUUGGUUUUGAAUUACACACAGCUGAAUUCGGUCCCACCAAGUCCAAAGCCUGAUCAUCUGGCUCACCAGGCAGCUCCAAUUAAUCACUCAAGAUGUUUGAAAGUAUUUCAAUUAUUGUCGGACUCCUGAAAUAACUCCGAAACCAGCCUUCCCCACUCUUGUCCAGUCCAGAGGAAGGUCCAAUAAAGACGCGACUUCAUCACGUUGUCAAAGGGCCCUCCAAUCCUCAAGUGUCACCGUGCACCAGGCCGCUCAUUAGCGCUAACGAGGGACGAGUGACAUCAUUGCGGCGCUCGAUAACCUGGCAGCAUUACGAGAAACGAGAAUCCAUGACUUGUCUUUGCACACCCAAAUUGCAAGAGUUGGUAAGGCUGCGUGUUAGGGAGAAAACUUGGUUUACAGCAAAGCACACACACACACAUACAAUGUAUGCACAGGGUGCUCGCAUGUGCACACACACACACACACACACACACACACACAUGCACACACACACAAAAAGGCCAAUGUUUGUGUUCAGUCCUCCUCUUGUAAGAAAUCAUAUCACCAAUUUUGUGAAAAUAUAAGGAAUGUAUUUUCAGUGUGUCAAAAUGCUCAGCAUAUAUCGGAAAUAUACUGCCAUUACCGCCAUUUUAACAGUCAAGAUUAAAGUGGACUCGCUUUCUAAUAUCUGCUGAAUAUUUUGCAUUUGAGGAGAAUAUGUAUUUUGUAUUUUAGCUGAUUGUCCACUUGAAAGCGGAAAACAUACCAUGCAAAAAAAAAAAAAAGAAAAAGCAAAAAGCAAAAAAAAAAAAAAGAAACACUGAUGAGCAACAACUAUGCCUGGCUGUAUCAAAAAUUGGUCUUUAAUAGAUGUCAGAGUACCAAAUGAUGAACAAAUGGUGUAAAUAAUAUGAUUAAUAUAUUGUUGGUGAAAUGUGUGCACAUUAAAAAAUAAACAAGUGUAGGUGUAACCAGUGCCUCUGCAUAGGGGAUGGCAGUUUGUCAAAUGUCAAAUUGAGAGGAAAAAAACAAAAAAACAAAGUGUAUAUUACUAUUUUACUUUUCACGGGUACAUUGAGGUUGUCACUUACUAUUAAAAUGUUUUCUUUGAGUAUAUAGAAAAGACAUGCUGUGGAUUUUAAUCCUUGUUCUUAUUACUCUGCAUGGCAUGAUCGGUGGCUUGUUGAAACACUUUCCCAAGGCUGUUUGCGGAAACUCCUUUUCAUUUGUAACAAAAAAAAAAAAAAAAAAAAAAAAAAAAAAAAAACGUCUUGAAUGUCAAAAGAAGGAUCGUUUUUAUUUCUGUCUCGUUGCAUUUCUCCCAGUCACGCACACCACGAGCACGACUCCAAUUUAAGUUAAGAGAGCGGGAUUUUGUCGUGCGAUGGCUCGGCAGGCUGCCUGUUUUUGUCGAGCGCCGAUACAAAAAUACAGCCAGCAUGGGAUCGUAAUCUCUCGCAAACGGCGAGUGCAGCACACGCCGAGAUGCAAUCUCUGCUCUCGCUGCGCUUCGGCUUGAGCUCUCUGUUUCGCCGGAGAGCUCCGGGAACACAAACCUUCCUGAAGUUUUCAUGUCGACAGCCAGACGGCACGUGGUCGCCCGCCGAAAUCAGCCACAACAGCGGCGUGUGUGUGCGUGAUGGAUGUGCAUUCAGUUUGUUCACCAGCGGUUAAAAGGAUGAUUUAUGCGUCAAACAUGCACGGGAAAAGGAAGAGAGAAAGAAAGGCAGAAACAAAGAAAUCACUUGUCACGAUUCUCACUGUUUUUCGAGCUCGCCGCACCAGUGCAAUACUUCAUUUUUUUUUUUUUCUGAUGUGUGACAAUCAUAUUUUAAUAUUUAACCGUCACUUGGCUUCGGUGGGGGGCUUUGCUUUCACACAGAUGUAGUUAUUAUGAAGUCCCACUCUCUGUCUUGUUGAAUUAAUGCUGUGCUUUUGCUUACAUUCCCGAUGGAAGCCACUCAGAGAAAUCAAGCCUCGCGCUCUCUUUGUGGUGACGCGGAAAGCUCUCGAAAUUGGUCGGAUUUGUUUUGCAAUAUACCCGCUGUGCAAAGCUCAAGAGCGGAUCGUCUGCAGUAUUAAUACGGGAUAAAAGUGGGCUAAAUGCAUUAAGGGGGACUUCUACAGUCACUGCCGCUGCUGCUUUCGUCUGUCUGAUGUCGUCUCCGAGGUGUUUGUUUUCAUUAAAGGGAACGUCUGCAUGCUGCAUGGACCUAUGGGGAAAAAGCUAUUUCCUUGUUUUGCAAGAGGAGUCACGCCGCCGUUCCAAGUGCACGGCUCGCCCCGUGACUCGCUAACACGGUGCAGUUUCGGACAAUCACACCUUAAGUAUUUUAUAGCCCCGCCGCAGAGGGAAAGCUGUCCAAGGGGGAGGAAUGAAUUGUGCCGAUUUUUACUCUUUUGUCCGUGAUUUCAUUUUCAGAGAUCUUAUGUUCCAAUCUGCUGUGUGUUUUCUGUAUUGAUCCGGUCUGUGCCGUAAUACUCUGUUCAGUGUGUUUGCCAGCAGCCGCUGUUGAUAGAUCGAGCAAAAAGAAGAAAAAAAAAAAAAAGACAAUCAUUGGGACCCAUUAUAUCUCAGACCAAUGACUUAGCCAGCAUUCAGUGUUGAGUUUCAAUUUUUCCGUCUCAUUUAGGAGAUCAGACGCAGGGCACCACAUUUAAUAGAGCCGCUUCAGCGCGGGGCGUCUUGGAGGCUGCAGGGGUUCAGCUUGUUGCCUCCCGAAAGGAAAACGGGUUGCUAGGCAGCGUUGGUAAAAAAAAGUCAGCCGAUGGGUUCACAUUUCUAAAGUAGCGAUGGUGAACCGCUGUGGCUGCGGGGAUUUCAAACGGAUUGACUAUUAGAUCAAGGCUCUGGGUCUGUCCCGUCACCGAGAGCGGCACUGUUGCGUUUUUGGCCAAGGCGCUUCGCUCCAUCUUCCCGCGUUCCCUACCACAGGUCUGAUGCCAGAAACACAAGCUGUGAAUGUCGGCGAUAACACCACGCACUCCGAAUCCUCCCUUGUUUUCCUCUGUUCUUUCCUUUUUUCUUUUGUUUCCUUCCCUUCCCUCCCUCUCUCUCUCUCUCUCUCUCUCUCUCUCUCUCCCUCUCUCUGUCUCUCGUUCAUUCAUUGUCACCACAGCUUUUCAUCACGGAGCCAGACGUGCCUUCUUUACGUUAUUUUUAGCUUUUCAAUUCUCACAUUUCUUCUCUGUCAGUGGAACAGAUGAUGAAAGGGAGAUAAAAAAAAAAAAAAACACACAAACACAGAAGGGGUUUUAACUUUGAUGAUGGCAAUGCUUAAAAAAACACUGGAGAUGUAAUCAUUUUUUUUUUUGUGUGUGUGUAUGUGUUUAUCGAGUUUCUUUCAUUUAUUUUUGUUUAUCACCGAUCUAUUAUCAUUUUGUAUGCUUUUGGGGAAACUUAUUGUACAUGUUUUACAGAUCAUUGUCUUGUCAAAUAAAAUGUAAAACAAAAA